AUGGCUAUCAGAGCUGCUCUUUGCAUUGUGGAUGUAUUGGUGGACGUAGUGGGUCCUAACAAGUCUAUUUUCAUCCUCAUCAACCUAAUCCUCACCGCCGCCGCCGUUGUUCGAGGCUUCGUCCCAGGGAAACAAUGCACUCGGUCGUUGAGCACUGUCCUCCGGUACUUCUAUCACACUAGGGGUUUUCCUCAAAACGUUCUUUACCGGGUUGCCAUUGAACCUACUGUAAGUCUUCACUUUGUUGGCUUACAUGUGUCUGCUGCAGUUUCAUACCCCAUCUUGGGGACCAUGCCCCGGGACCAUGCCCCAGAACCAUGGAGCUAUUUCGUUCGCUCUUCACGGACGACCUCAAUACCGAAGAGAAAAGGGGGGAAGAGAGGGAGGCAAAUUGAGAAUCAUCUCCGCCUUGGGAAUCAAAGGGGUCAGGCGAAUGCUGGGCGUGCAAGAGGAAAUUUUGCAUGUGUGAGAAGAAUUGGCGAUAGACCUAGUACAAUUUCUGAUAACAGCACCCCCUCAAGAUCAUGGGAUGCCCUUUUUGGAAAGUAG